UACCCUUGCUCGCUUGAGGAGCUCGGUGUGGGUAAAAGUGAAAGUAAAAUGAGCUCGGAGUCGAAGGGGGAAAACCAGACAACUAAACUUGUCUUCGUCCGAGACAAAACAGAUAAAAGUCGCACCUGAGAGCAGAGAGAAGAUAUUUCAUCAUGACAGAAAUCUCUACAAUCUACAAACUGUCGCUGGUCGCAGUUUUCGGCCUCGUCCAAGCCUGCAGCAGCAGCUGUCCUGUGCUGGAGUGCUGGUUUGUGCAGGAGAAGGCGGGUCGAGGAGGAGGUUUGACUGCAGCUACGAGCCAGGAGAAAUCCCUGCUUCACAUCAGAACAGACCCAAACAGCCACAGUGCAGAUUCACUGAAGGUCCCAGCUGACAUCAACCCUGACAGAGUCUACUUCAUUACAGACCCAGCUGCGACUCUCUGCCACAGCUCUCUGAACCCUCCCAGAGGUUCUGUCAAGAAGCCCCAGUGUGAGAUCAACCCCUUCCUGCCUCAGCCCUCCAGCCUCAAAUGGGCUGCACCACUCACAGACUCUGCCCUCAGUCCCAUCUACCUGCAAGCUGAUUGGUUUUCAACUUCCUAUCAGGGCCUCAAAAAACAGCUGACGGUUUCCAGUAUCACGCGUGCUCCCACGGCAUCCAAGGAGCACAAUGUGAUCCUGAGUGUGAGCAGUAAAACAGUCUCGGUCAAAGCCAGACUCGGUGAACCAGUGCUGCUAGACUGCAACUUCUGGUUCGACACCACCUCACCUCUGUCCGGGUCGGGUUUUGCCGUAGAGUGGCGCUAUCAGUUCAGAGGCGACGGCCGAUUGGUUCUGGCUUACGACGGCAAGACGGACCGCUUGGCUGACACUCAGGAGGAAGGAGCCACGCUGGACUUUGAGAGUCUGCACGAGAAGGGAAAUGCAUCCCUGGUCCUGCAGGAGGCCAAAGUGCGUCACUCCGGGCUGUAUAUUUGUACGACGUAUCUGCCGUACCUUGUGGCUCAGGUGGCGAUGGAGCUCGAGAUCGUUGAACCUCCAUCCCUCUCCAUCUACCCGUCCCCUCUGCCCCUCGCUGUUCCCGGCCAGACUUUGACCAUCCAGUGUGAGGCGUCCGGCUUCGCCCCCCUCUCCCUGGAGCUGAGCUGGGAGUUGAAAGGUGCCGACGGGAGCUCCAGGCCUCUGGGAACAGGCAGCAUUAGCGGCCACAGGCAGGCCUGGGAUGGAACCUUCAGCCAGACCACCAGGCUUGAACUCGACACGACCACCCUGGACCUGGGCAGAGGAGGGGAGCUCACCUGUGUGGCUGCCCAUCUUGGAGGCACCCGACAGGCCAGCGUGACCCUCAAUGUCAUAGGAUUCAGCGCUCCCUCCAUUGAGGACUCGAUGGCGAUGGUCGGCGUGGCAUUAGUGCUCUACGGUCUUAUUAAGUUUGUCUCUUGGACCAUCACCAGCUCAGGCUCAGAUGAGGCUGCUACAAAAGACAAGAAAGACAAGUAAAGAAGACUGAAGUGAACCACUACAGAAGUGUGAUAGUGAUACAACAAACCUUUGUGUUUUGAUAUCUUGGAUGGGGUUCAAAAGAGAUUGUCCACCUAUUCGUUCAGACAGCUUUGUCAUUUUAAAGCGUUUAGAUUUUUCAUAGAUUGAGAGAAAAGCUUGCUUAGGAUAUUCAGUGCUGUGUCAGUUGUUAAUUUUUUUGAUAUUUUUUGUUUUGCACAUACAUGAAUCAUGUCUGGGGACAGACAUACUGUUGUGCUUGGGUACCAGCGAUAAUUUUCUGGAAAGGGUUUCUGCUCGGUCUAAACAUGUGUGUUGUCAUAUUUCUUUAAUCUCCUACUUUAAAGCAAUAUACCUGAUUUAUCAUAUUGGCCUCCCACUGUCUAAAUAUUAUUUCUUGUUACAUACACUGGAAAAGAGUCAGGAACUUGGAGGAAAGUUAAAUUAUAAGACAAACAUUUUGUGUAAAUAACCGAGGAAAGUAAAGUUAGAAUCAGACUAAACCGUUCAAACCCACAAACAUAAUUUUUGUAAAUACAGAGACUAUAAUGUGUGUAUAUUGUGACUUUUUGUGUUAAGUUUUUUUUUUUAUAGUGGUGUGAUGCUCCAACAGCCUGAGCUAAUUCAAAAAUUAAACGUGAAGGAAAUGGUACAAACAGGGCACAAAAUUCUACUGGUGGUUAAGUUCCAAAUUUAAUCAAGUGAAGUCUGGAUUUUAUGUGUAAUAAACACAUUUCUUAAAACA